AGUUUAGUGUUUAAGAAGUUAAAUUGUACAGGAAAAUGCAAUCGGACAUCAAAAUCACCCUCAACCGAUCGUAGAUGAUAUCAGUGCCCGACCUGGAUAUACAAUGGAACAUAACAACGGACACACAGACCGAAAUCAUUAUAGAAAACGCGAAAGAAGAAAAAUACAACUUAACAAACAAUUUUUACAACGUUAUAAAAAGGGCAGAUGAGGUUAUCGAUAAUUGUAGUGUUAGUGUGAAUUCUACUAAGAAUGGAUGUUUAGAAGUGACAUAUGAUGGUGUAGAGAUUAGUGUUGUGUUUAUAUUGUGCUUGUUAAUCGUAGUGACUGUGAUAGGUAAUACUUUGAUAAUAUCUGCCGUUGUGACAACGAAACGGCUGCGCACUGUGACCAAUUGUUUUGUGACCAGCUUGGCAGUCGCUGAUCUGUUGGUUGGGAUCUUCGUGAUGCCGCCUGCUAUUGCUGUUCAUAUCAGUGGUAAAUGGGAGCUAGGCUGGAUCCUCUGUGACAUCUGGAUCAGCCUGGACAUUCUCCUCUGCACAGCUUCCAUCCUCUCACUCUGUGCCAUCAGCGUGGACCGCUACCUGGCCGUCACCAGACCUCUUACGUACUCCAGAAGAAGAAGAUCCAAGAAGCUAGCUCUUACUAUGAUAUUCUUUGUCUGGAUCGCUGCUGGAGCCAUCACUUGUCCUCCUAUGUUUGGUUGGUAUGAACCAGACCACAAUCAGAACGGCAACUGCAGAUACAACCAGAACCCGGGCUACGUGGUUUUCUCAGCCAUGGGGUCGUUCUUCCUACCCAUGGCAGUGAUGGUGUAUGUGUACGCCAGGAUAUCCUGCGUGGUGGCCAGGAGACACCAGCAACUAGCCAGUAGCACCAAGUGUAAUAAGAAAGGAAAACUUUCCUGCAUCCGUACCGAGUCUGAAUCCGGAUCGGACAAGAUGUCGUUACGACAAUCAGCUUCGAAACAGACGUCUAAAAACUCGACAGCACACAGCGACUGCUCAUCGCAAGACCACAAAUGCCCCUGCUGCUUCCGACCAGAGAAAAAGAAGAAAUACAGGACAAAAGAAAAAGAAUCUCGAUUCUACAACAACGAUGUUACUUUCAAAGCGAACUUUAAGUAUAAAAACACUACAAGACGGACGCAUUCAAUGAAAGAACAUGUAGAGAAUAAUCGAGUUUCUUCUUUAAGAAGAGAGACGAAAACUGCGCAGACUUUGAGCCUUGUGGUCGGAGGGUUUGUUGCCUGCUGGCUCCCUUUCUUCCUAUACUAUCUCCUGACUCCAUUCAUUCCAAGCAAUUAUGUUAAUCCAGUCCUAAUGUACAUAUUAACAUGGCUAGGGUGGUUCAAUUCAGCAAUAAAUCCUUUCAUAUACGCUUUUUAUUCACCUGAUUUCAGAGUAGCUUUUUGGAGGCUCACAAUAAAAAAAUGUAAGAAGAAUAAGCGUUAG